CGGGCCGGCCGGACAUGGUGGCGGGCAGCAGCGGGAGCGGCAGGAGGAGGAGCAGGAGCAGGAGCAGCAGCGGGGCCCCCGGCCUUUCCGCCCGGCUCCUCGAGUGGAAAGUGAUUCGAGAACACGGGAGAGAGUCUGGCGACAGUGAGGAAUUGCAUUUCUUUGUCGGGAGGCCACGGUAUGAACCCCUUCUGGAGCAUGUCUACAAGUUCUGUACGCAAGCGCUCUGAUGGGGAAGAGAAGACUCUGACCGGGGACCUGAAAGCCAGUCCGCCCCGACCGGCUCCGAAGAAGCAGCUGCCUUCCAUUCCCAAAAAUGCCCUGCCCGUAACCAAGCCCGCGUCGCCCACCCCCGCCGGCCAGUCGACCAACGGCACGCACGCCUCCUACGGACCCUUUUACUUGGAGUACUCCCUCCUGGCGGAAUUUACUUUGGUGGUAAAACAGAAGCUGCCCGGAGUCUACGUGCAGCCGUCCUACCGAUCUGCAUUAAUGUGGUUCGGUGUGAUAUUCAUUCGGCACGGACUCUACCAAGAUGGAGUGUUCAAGUUUACGGUUUAUAUUCCCGACAACUACCCGGACGGUGACUGUCCGCGCCUGGUGUUCGACAGCCCGGUCUUCCACCCGCUAGUCGAUCCUCUCUCAGGUGAACUGGAUGUGAAGCGAGCAUUUGCCAAGUGGAGGCGGAACCACAACCACAUAUGGCAAGUGCUGAUGUACGCCCGCCGGGUUUUCUACAAGAUCGACACGACCGGCCCUCUGAACCCCGAGGCCGCGGUGCUGUACGAGAAAGACGUCCAGCUGUUUAAGAGCAAAGUGGUCGACAGCGUCAAACUAUGCGGCAGCCGUCUGUUCGAUCAGCCGAAAAUCGAGGAUCCCUAUGCAAUCAGUUUUUCGCCGUGGAAUCCCUCUGUACACGACGAGGCCAGAGAGAAGAUGCUGACUCAGAAAAAGAAGCCAGAAGAGCAACACAGCAAAAGUCUCCACGUCUCUGGCCUGUCUUGGGUGAAGCCCGGCUCAGUGCAACCCUUCAGUAAAGAGGAAAAAACGGUAACAACCUAAAGCUCGCGGACUCUGGUGCACCGGGCACUUUCGGCCGACGGAGGGAGAAGGGCAGGAAGAGCGGACUGGUUCGACUGACCCGUGGCGGUGACCGUAGGGAGUAAAACGGCUCCAAGGGCGUGCGAUCUCAGUGUUUUCCUUACGCGUUCGGUUUCGACCGACGUCGCGGAAGCCCCUCCGAAGGCAGUACUUUGGUCACGGAAGUUGCUCCGGGGAGGUUUCUCGGCGUCGACGCUCCGGUUUGUUGGGGGAUUGUGUUUCGGGCUUUCGAAUCUUCUUUUUCCUUCCGGGAGUGGCAUUUUAAAAAACACCUCCAGCUGACCGGCCCCGAGGUUAGCGGGGGAAGCCGGCGGAAUUCAACGCUACGUAUUAUUUAACGGUCUUAAGAUCCAGGGUUUCGGUUGUAAAUACGUUUCGGAUGUGGACUGACUUGUAUAUAGAUAGCCGGUUCGGUAACUCAUCUAGCACUUUCGAGGGAAGGUUAAACCGGGACGGCUAGUCUUAGCUCUUUUCAUUUUAUUUUCUUCCCCGACUUUAAAGCGGAUGCCGUCACCGAAGCACACGUUAGUCUGAGAGGAGACCAGAACACUAUGGAGCGGUAGCUUUUUUUUAAAGCAGAUACAGUUGAAGUAUUUUUAAAUGGUUAUUUUAUCUCUCUGCGGGGGUUUAAUAAAAUAUUCUUCAGAAACGGACAGUGGCGUGCUAUCGUGACUGAUGUGUGGCAGUAGUGACAAUAAACCUGAAAAGUGAA